AUGAGAGAACAGCAAAAUCGAGCCUUAAAAUUUUGGGAAAAGAAUUGGCACUCUGCUGUACCUCUUAAAAUAAAGCGCCUUGCUUGUGAGCCGGAGAGAUUUAUUUGGGCAGUGAGUAUGGCACAAUCUCGAUGCAGUAACCUGCAAAUGAGAAUUGGUGCACUAGUUCAAGAUGCGAAUAUGUUUAUUCCUUAUGCUGGUGAGCUUCUUCUGCAUUAG